UAUAAGAUGCACGAAGAUUGACUAGAUAUUUUUCAAGGUAGGAUCAAGAUUUCUUUGCCAUUCCAUAGAUAAUAGUGCCCUUGUUCCCGCAUGUAUUUGUGUUUGUUUUCAUUUUCUGAUUGUCCCAACCUUCUACCAAAUAUUAUAUCCCUCCAACCUCCUCACCAGAAGUAUUUGCUUUCGGACCUUUCUUUCUCUCAAGUACUUAAGUCGGUCGUUAUACCUAUUCUCUGUGGUGCAAAGUACAGAGUGUGCUAUCGUUAUACAAGUUUGACGCAGUACAAGUUCAAAACAUAUCGCUACAUAUUGCAAUCAUGAAGGCAGCUCUCGCUUUAUUGGCUUUAGCCACUUCGACUCUCGCUCAAGGGAUUCAGGAAAGAUGGUAUUCAAGUCCUCCUGAUUAUUCGAGCCCUCCUGGGUAUCCUGUUGAGACUGAUACUACUACUUGGACCACUUAUACUUCAACCACUAUCUGUCCUGUCACUUCAACUACCACCGAAGAAGGAACAACGAAAUGGGUUACAAGUAUUGCUACAUCAACCGUAGUUGUCACUAGUUGUGUUGGAGGUUGUGGUGGAGUUGUCACUGUACCUGGCCCAACUGGAUGGGCAACCACCACCACCGAUGUCAUCGUUACGUAUACCACCACUUGCGCGGUAACGGAGACCGUCACUGCUCCCGGAAAUACCUACACAAAGACAUACACCACCACUUCUGUUGUUGAAACUGCUGUACCCACCACGAUCGUUAACACUGUCACUGCGCCUGACACUACACAGACUGUUGAGACUGGAGUGGUUGUAACUCUUACGAGUCUCUGUCCUAUUACUGAAACAACUACCAUUUCAGGAAAGGAAGAGACAGUCACUUACACCUCAACAUCGUUGUAUACAACUCACGUUCCUACAUACAUUGAAGUUACAGCUACUGCUCCUGACAAUACAAAGACUGUUGAGACCGGGGUAGUCCAAACUCUUACGAGUCUUUGUCCUAUUACCGAAACUACCACUAUUUCGGGAAAAGAAGAGACCGUAACUUAUACAUCGACAUCAUUAUAUACAACGAUUCUUCCUACCCAUGUUCAAGUUACAGCUACCGCUCCUGAUAACACAAAGACGAUUGAGACCGGGGUAGUCCAAACUCUUACAAGCCUAUGCCCUAUCACCGAAACUACUACCAUCUCAGGAAAAGAGGAGACUGUAACUUACACAUCUACGUCGUUGUACACAACGAUCCUUCCUACCUAUGUUGAAGUUACAGCCACUGCUCCCGACAAAACAAAAACCGCUGUCACUGGAGUAAUUUCUACAAUAACUUCUCUCUGCCCAGUCACAGAGACAAAAACAGUCUCGGGAAGCCUGGUAACUGUUAUCUAUACAACUACUUCAUUCAUUGUCACAAACAUCGGAACCACCGUCGAAGUAGCAACUACUCUCCCAGCGAAAACUACCACUGUUGCAACUGGAGUACUUCAAACUAUCACUAGUCUUUGCCCUGUAACUGAAGUCGAAACCGUUUCUGGAAUCGAAUAUACUGUUACAAAGACAUCAACUAGCCUUAUAGUCACUGAUGUAUAUACUACGGACUACUCAAAAACUACUUUACCGGCAGGAACUAAGACAAUCGAAACUUACGUCUAUCAGACAUCUACUAGCUUGUGCCCAGUCACUGAAAUCCAAACAAUCUCUGGCGUUCCGAUCACAAAAGUAUUUACCAGCACAAUCGUCACUGAAGUCCAGGUUCCUACAACAAUUGUUCAAUACACCACAACUCAAGCUACUGAAUACAAGACUACUGAUGUCUACGAGACGACUACAUGCAUCGAAAGUGUAUAUACAACCAUCAGUGCUGGUUCAACCAUCGUUUUGACCGCCACUCAAACAAACGUAGUCCAAGUGACCGCAGUUCACACCUUGACAUCUACCCUCCCAGCCGCAACUGGCGAAACCACCGUUUACAUUCCAACCACAAUCGGCCACGCCAUUGAAACCAUCGCCAUCGUCACCGUUCCAUCCAUCGUCCGCACCGUCACCCUCGGAACAACCUACUACGCAAACACAACCCACGUACAAACAUCAACUUACAUCCAACCCAGCACUUUGACCGUUGGGGGCCAGACAACGAGCUAUUUCGUUCAGCCUAGCGUUAGCGUAAGUAGUGUAGCGGCGACGAGCGUAGCUACGAUUGCCCCGAGUGCGCCAGUGGAGGCGAAUAAUGCGGGAAUGAAUGCACCGGGAUUGGUGAUGGGGUUUGUGAUGGGGGUUUUGGCACUUUUGUAGAUGGAUGAGUGGGUGACGGGUGGCAUUUUUCUUCUCUCUCUUUUUUUUUUUAAACAAAAGAAGAGAAGAUGCUUCGAUAUUCGUUUUCUUUUCUUUGCUUUUUCUUCUCUUCACUGGGCGGAUGCAUGUACGCAGCAUGAUAAGAGGGAAAGAAUGGGGAGCAUUAUGGAUCUGCAUCUGGAUAUGGGUAAUAUGGAUGGCAUGCAAGAAGGAAGAAGGAAGAACAUGACGAUAUGACACGAUACAAUGUGCUAAGGAUUGGAUAUUGGAUAUUGAGAAGAUAACAUUCCUUGAUGAGUUUUAUUUGGAAAGCGGAUGGAAAAUGAAUGGAUGAGAGGGGUGAAUGAGAGGGAUCUUAGGGGGUAAUUCUUAAUUUAUUUGUAGAUAUUAUAAUUCUAUUCUAUUCUGUCCCGUC